AUGGAGAAGAUCUGUGUCGCGGUUCGACUUCGCCCUCCAGUUUCCGAAGACUCUGUCGUCGGAACCUUCUGGAAGGUUGAAGAUAACCGCAUCUCUCUUCACAAGAUCCAUGGCACUCCACUCUCUUCCUCGUCUUACGCUUUCGAUCGUAUAUUCGACGAAAGUAGUAGCAAUGCCAGUGUCUACCACCACCUCACCAACGAUAUCAUUCAUGCCGCGCUCGACGGCUUCAACGGAACUGCAUUUGCGUACGGGCAGACUAGUAGUGGGAAGACUUUCACCAUGAACGGUUCCGAAACUGACCCGGGAGUGAUUCCUCGGGCAGUUAGAGACAUAUUUACGAGAAUUGAAACGAUGUCUGAUCGAGAGUUUCUAAUACGAGUUUCGUACAUGGAGAUCUACAACGAAGAAAUUAAUGACCUUCUUGCAGUUGAAAAUCAGAAAUUGCAAAUUCAUGAGAGUUUGGAGCGUGGAGUAUUUGUUGCAGGGCUGCGAGAGGAAAUUGUAAAUAAUGCUGAACAGGUGUUGAAUCUCAUUAAAGCAGGGGAAGUUAACAGGCACUUUGGUGAGACAAAUAUGAAUGUAAGGAGUAGCAGGUCACAUACAAUAUUUAGAAUGGUGAUUGAAAGCAAAGGGAAGCAUUCCAAUUCUUCCAAUGAUUGUUCAAUUAGUGAUGUUGUUCGAGUUUCAGUCUUGAAUUUAGUAGAUCUAGCUGGCUCUGAAAGGAUUGCAAAGACUGGAGCUGAUGGAGUACGUUUAAAAGAAGGAAAAUAUAUUAACAAGAGCUUGAUGGUUUUGGGAAACGUUAUUAACAAAUUAAGUGAGGGUUCGAAGCAAAGGGGGCAUAUCCCGUAUCGUGACAGUAAAUUAACUCGUAUUCUGCAACCUGCUCUUGGUGGUAACGCUAAAACGUCCAUUAUUUGCACCAUAGCACCAGAAGAGAUUCACGUUGAAGAAACAAAGGGAACUCUUCAGUUUGCGAGUAGAGCCAAACGCAUCACAAAUUGUGCUCAAGUGAAUGAGAUAUUGACGGAUUCAGCCUUGCUAAAGCGGCAACAGUUAGAGAUAGAGGAGCUACGUAAGAAGCUUCAGGGAUCCCAUGCUGAGGUGCUCGAGCAAGAGAUUCUUAAACUCAGGAACGAUUUGCUCAAGUAUGAAAUGGAGCGUGGGAAGCUUGAAAUGGAACUGGAAGAGGAGAGGAAAUCACGUGAUCAAUGGAUUAGGGAGCAACGGAUGAAAAUUGAAAAUUCCAAUACUAAAUCUUUAUCAGACUGUGGGACGAAUGACAGUCAGGGACCGGGAUUUUUGAGGCCCAGGUUGACAGAAGAAUACAGUGACAUUAAUAGUGCAUCUCAAGAGGAUAUUUUUAAAUCUCCUUGUUUUAAAGCAGCUCCCAAUUCUUUUGUUGCCAAGAGAUCAAAUUAUUCAUCAUUGCCAGAUUAUAGCCCCCUUCCAGAUGCUUUCAGCAAUGUAGCUGAUGAAGAUAUGUGGUUGAAAAUGAAUAAUGGUUAUGUUGCAGACCUUGAUUCCCUUCAAACUACUCCCACUCGGCAAGUUCAGUCCUUCCCACCAAGUGAUGCAACUGCUUGUUGUACAGGUGAGAUUGAGAAGUAUGAACGAGAGGUUCAAGACUUGAGAAGACAAUUGGAGCUUGCAAAUGAAAGAAUAAAUGAACUCGAGCAAAAUCAUUCAGAGGAAUUACCAUCAAGCAAGCAAUUAAUGGGUGGGACACCUAAACAUCAAGAAACACGACUAAUUCAUGAAUUGCCUCUGAGGUCAUCUGAAUCUGUGGAGAACUUCAAAGAUAGCUUUGAGGAGGUUUUGUCAGUAAUGCAGAGAUUUGCAUCUGGUGGCAAAUUAUCGACUGCGACGAUGCUUUCAACCAUGAGUGAAAUUGGAGCACAGUUAUUUGCAACUUUGGAAGCUCACUUUGCAACGAAUGUGGGUAGUGAAAGGUCUUCCACCGGGAACUGUGCUUUAAUCGGUGAACAACAAAAAGUGUUUCAUGAGAGGAUGAACAAUAUAAUUGCAUCACUGGAGUUAUCUGAAAGCCCAACAACAGGAGAGGAGAGGAUACAUUUGUGCAGCUGUGAACACAAGGGCUCUGGUUUGGGAGGAGAAACCGCUUACUCAAAGGAGGAUUUAAAUGAAAGAUGUGAAAGCCUGGAAAGGGAAGUACUACUUUUGAAGGACGAAAAAGACUCUUUGCUGCAGAAGUUCUUUGAAUCAUCCGAGAAACUAGCAAUGGUUUCCAGCCAAAAGGAAAAUGCCUUGAAAGAUUUAAAUACUGAAGUACAUAGAAGGAAAAAUCUAGAAGGAGAGGUUAAGCAGUUUACUGCAGCUUUUGCCAGUCGUCAGAAAUCAUUCAUUUCCUUCCAUAGUGACCUUAAGACCAAAAUUGAGCAAUUCAGAGCCCAGACUCCAAUCUCAGUGCCAAAAUCUCCUGGGUUACAGGAUUAG